CCAGAACAGCACAUACCUGGAGUUUCUUCUUUCCAUUUCAGUGCUCCACAAUAUCUGCAUUUUUUAUCCAUUCUCCCAAUGAUAACCAAUCGGUGAUUAACAUAGUCGAUCAAAGGGUCAUACUCAAAAGCGGCACCAUUAAAUGCCUCCCACGUACUCAUUGAAAACGUACGUCUUCUUUCUGCCUGCCGUUCAGCAUUUAAAAGACGUCGUCUUUGUGAAUCUUCGUCAGUCUCUGCCGCAAUCAAUUGCGCGUGACGUUCGGCAUCUAAAACUCGACGUGUCUGAGUCUGUUCCACUGUCUCAGCAGCUCUGAGAUGCGUGGCGUUCAGCAUCCAGGGUCUGACGGGCCUGAGUCUGCGUAAACGUCUCAGAGGCCCUUUGAAAUGCGUGGCGCUCAGCAUCUAAGGUUUGUCGGGCUUGAGUCUGCGUAUAGGUCUCAGAGGCCCUUUGAGAUGCGUGGCGUUAGGCAUCCAGGGCCUGACGGGUCUCAGUCUGCGUAAACGUCUCAGAGGCUCUUUGAGAUGCGUGGCGUUCAGCAUCUAGGGCCUGACGGGCUUGAGUCUGUGUAAACGUCUCAGAGGCCCUUUGAGAUGCGUGGCGCUCAGCAUCUAAGGUCCUACGGGCUUGAGUCUGCGUAUAGGUCUCAGAAGCUCUUUGAGUCGCAUGACGCUGAGAAUCUAACAUCUGACGCGUCUGAGUCUGCUCUUCAGAUUCUUGGCUUCUAGCAACUUUUGCAGUUCGAGCUCUGCUAGAACUACGGCUUAGAUUGGAUUUACGUUUGCGUGGCAUAUCGAAAACAAUAAAACAAUAAUUAAAGAUUUUUAAAAUCGGUAGUUUUAAAAACUACAACGUAAGACAAUUUUUUAUAAAAACUUCGAUAAAGCAAACCUUUUUACUUAUAACCUAAAUAUCUAAAUCAAUUAAUAACGUAUUGAACCUAAACAACUAUGCACCUGACAAACCUUUUAUACCUAAAACCUAAAUUAACUAAAUAAAUUCAAAAAUAUUGAAUUUAUGUACCACACCACAAUACACAAUUUUCUUCACUACUGGUACUACCUACUUAUCUAUCAAAACUAACAUAAAAGUACUAUAAUAUAAUGACAAAAUCUAUUACUAAACUAAUUUACUACGAACUAUAAACAUCCUGAUGUGAGCUAAAAAACAAUUAACCUACACAUGAAUAAAAUUGAGAAUUAACAAAUGAAAGCGACUGCAAAAAUAAAGAAUAAUACGUAUCUGAGUAAACCUAGAGAUAUGAAUGAUUGGUUAAGAAAAUACCUACAUCUAACAGCUACCUUAACUACCUAAUAAUAAAAAUGUAACUAAGUACUUAAUAAAAAUACGAAAAUGACGUCAACUUGGACUCAAAAAUAAUAACCUACCAAAUAUUUAUUUAGAUAUCUAAAACAAAGGACUAAAUUAAAGCUUACAGACCCUACGCGUAGACCGUAGUACCUAUUUCAACUCGGAAUUUAAAAAGAACGUUUUUAGCUAACCAAAAAUACGCAACGAAUAGAGUUUCGUAACGCAAUAUUUCAAUAUUCGCAUACGUGCGACGACGACGUCUGCCCUCGUGCGUCUGCCCGCUUGGGUAGGCACAGUUGGGCACGGCCCUCCCCUCGCGCCGCACCGCCUCUUCGCUCGGCGCAGCGUCUUGUAUUCACUACGACGACGUAUGAUUUGAAGGUUUGCGUUAGGCCUAGGCCGCACUACGGUUUUUUCCCGGGAGCGGUUAACCGCUAUAACCGCGAAACCGCUUGAGACGUACACACUACGAUUAUAAACCGCGAAACCGCCCGUAAUUUUCACAGUUUGAAGAUGGAUUUCAAAAGAGCAGUAUGUAUAAGAAAAAAAAGACGUCAACGAAAAUUUCGCAAAUAUUGGAUACAUCCACUCACUAGCCGUAGAUUUGAGAAAGGUUUCUUUCAGAAAAAGUAUAAAAUUUUAAGAGAACAUCCAGAGAAAUUUUUCAAUUACUUUCGAAUGUCAGUAGCCAGCUUCGAUAAAAUUUUGCACAACGUGCGUCCAUACAUCACCUUCAUGGAUACAAAAUUUCGCAAAUGUAUUUCACCAGAGGAGCGUCUGUCUGUGACUUUGAGGUAUCUUGCCAGUGGUAAUAGUAUAAAGUCCUUGUAUUUUGAAUAUUUGAUCGGCACAACAACUCUGAGUGAAAUAAUUGAACACACAUGCAAGAGUUUGUGGAUAUGUUUGCAACCUACAUAUAUGCCUGGAAAAACAGAAGAGGAUUGGAUAAAUAUAGCAAAUUUUUAUUUUGAAAGAACACAUUUUCCUAAUUGUCUUGGUUCCAUAGAUGGAAAACAUAUACGAAUAGAAAGGCCAGAAAAUACUGGUUCAGAAGCCUUCAAUUACAAAAAGUAUUAUUCUUUAAUAUUAUUAGCUAUAGCUGAUGCAGACUAUUGCUUUACUGCUAUAGAUUUUGGGGCAUAUGGAUCGAAUAGCGACUCUAGCGUUUUUAAAAACUCAAAUUUUGGCAAAAGGUUUUUGAACAACCAAAUGCAUUUACCAGAAUCUGCAACAUUACCUGAUUAUGAGGAAGUCGGACCUUUACCGUUUGUUUUCGUAGGCGAUGAAGCUUUUCCACUUAUGGAGCACUUAAUGAGGCCAUAUCCAAAUAGAAAUUUAUCCAUAAAACAAAGAGUUUAUAACUAUAGAUUAUCUUAUGCCAGAAGGACUGUCGAAUGUGCAUUUGGGAUCAUGGCAAAUAAAUGGCGUAUUUUACAUAGACCAUUAGAUGUGAAAUUAGAUUUUUGCGACCAUAUUAUUAAAGCUUGUUGCAUAUUGCACAACUUUGUAAGACAACAUGACGGUAAACAGCUUAAUGAAUCGUUUCAAGUUUCAGAGAUUGCUUCAAUUCGUACGCGUUCUAGCAAUAACGUUAUAGAUGUAAGAAAUUUGUUUGCUGAUUACUUUACAUCUACUGCGGGCGCGUUGAGUUGGCAAUAUGAAAAUAUUUAAAAGAUAUCUCACCCUCAGAAGUAUAGUAACUAAUUAAUGCCAAAAACAGAAUUUUCACUGUUAACUCAAAACAACAUCUCCUUAAAAAUAGGUAACAAAACUAAAGUAGCUUUCGUUAUAAGGGUUCGACUUUUUUAGUUUGAGUUCUUUGUAAUAAAAAAUACUCUUUAAAAACUUA